CUCCGGCUGGGUGCUCAGGCCAGCCAGCCUUCGGCAGCUAGCCCGCCGUGCCCCGUCCCUCCGCAGGCUCCGGGCUGCAGAUAAAAGGCGCUCCACGCUGGGAAUCGCAUUACGCAGCUUCAAAGCCUGGAUGCAGAGCAACCCAGUGGCCUGCGGAUGAAGAUGCGAUAUCUACGGUAUUAUUGAAGGUACGUUAGCAUCGUGAUCCAUGGCUGUGCUGUGUGUGUCUGUGCAGAUUGUGUUGCAAGAGGAGAUUGAAUGCCUCUAAAAUCUCAAGGCCGUGAGCCCUGUGCAGGGUGAUGAUGAGCAGUCAGGGCAGCAGCAGCAGGGGAAGUGGCCAGCAUGCUGACACUCCUCCCCCUCGUCACACUCCUGGACCCAAGCUGCAGGUGCAGCGUUCCCUCUCUCGUGACACCAUCACAAUACACUUCUCUGCUCUGGGCAAGGAGGAAGAUGAUGAGGAAGAAGAGCUCUUUGGGAUACCUGCUGGAUCUGUUAAAGCCAAGUCUGUCCUUGAUGGUGCAGGGGGACUUCAAGCUCCAGCUUCAGCAGCUGAUGACCAGUGUGUCACUACAGGUUUGGAAGCAAAAGAGGGGCUGCUGUUUGAAUCUGCUGGUGCAGAGACCCUCUCAGAACCUGCUGUUCUCCCUGUUUCAUCCACCACCUUAUCUGCGCAGCCCUCAGACCCUCAGCCACACAUACCCUCUCCUGCCUUUACUAUUAAUCAAACCCCCACCCUCUCCCACCAGAGCCCCAAUCCUCCUGCCAGCUUCUCCUGGCCCUCUGAACGGCCCCUGGUCAAUCCGUUGCCCACAAGUUCCAGCUCCUCUUCACCUUGCAAGUCUGCAGCGCUGUCAUCCUCCAAGCCUUUUCUCAGUCUGGUCAGGUCUUUGUCCAAUGAUGUUGAGUCUCGAGAAACCGCUCCUUCACUUUCCACUGUAGCACCAACCCAUGCACGCCACCGACACUUAAUGAAGUCUUUUGUUAAGUCCCUGUCCACAGACACUUCUAAGGCUGAACAUUCAGAAGGGCCUGUUCAGCAUCAGCAAAUCCAGCCAUCCCAUCGGCCUCCACCUCGCAACAUGCAGCUCUUCAAACAGUUCUCCCAACCCCGUUUAUCCUCCAGUCCCAUUGUUGUGACCCAAGCAGGUGGAGACUCUAAAACAGCCCCCUCCUCUCCCAUCAUGUCUCCAGAUGGUAGGUCUUUCUUCAAAGUCCAAGAGGUGGAGGCCAAGAUAGAGGAUACCAAGCGUCGACUGUCAGAAGUGAUGUCAGAUCCUCUGCAGCUUUUUAGUAAGAUCAUGGGGGAUGAGUCUGGUACGGGGUCUGUUGGAAGUGCCGCUCAUCGUGCCAAAUCGCUGUCCUCCAGCGCAUCAGAGCUCAGUGGAGUAACGGCGGUAAAUGGACAUGGAGAAGGUAUCAACAACAACUACAGCAUCAAAGAGGAGGAGGGGGCAGAAGGAGAAGAAGAGGAAGAAACCCCCACGGCAAAGGGCCCUGAGUCAGGUUUUUUCUCUUUCCCGUCACUCGCACCAGCCCUCACCCAGGCCUCAUCUUCUGCUCUCCACAAAUCUCCCUCUCUCACUCUGGGCCGCUGUUCAAUGUCAGCCCUGGUAGCUCGACAGGAGGAUGAGGACUUCUGCGAACUAUACAGUGAAGACUUUGAGCUAUGUACUGAUACAGAGACACCAGAUGGGGAUCGUUCCGGGUCCCGGCAGCCCCAUACUGGCAGCACUGGUUUGUGCAGUGAGCUCGAUCCUGAGGAAGAAAGAGUGGAAGAAGAAGCUGAGACUAUACCCGUGGCUGGCCUCAUUAUCUUAACACAGUUGGUGUAUUGGUACUUAGUCCUUCCUGUGCCACCAUGUGUAUGUUCAGUGGUACACGGGAUAAUAGCGGGGUUCGCGUUGGCUUUGCUGGUGCUUUGGCUGUCUUCUCCUCGGCCCUCCUCAUCAGCAAGCAGAAAAAGGAGGCGAAGGAUAGAGCAAUGGAAUGUGGCCCAGCUGGAUAUCAAAGAACCAGGAAUAUUCAAGGGCUGGAUGAAUGAGAUCCACAGCUAUGACCCAGAGAUGUACCACGCCACCCUGACCCACUCUGUUUAUGUCCGUCUAGAGGGCUCCGUCCUGCGUCUGUCCAAGCCCAACCGCAACAUCUCCCGCCGUGCCACACACAAUGAGCCUAAACCUGAUGUCACUUACAUCAGCCAGAAGAUCUACGACUUGACUGACAGCAAGAUAUACCUGAUGCCUCAAAGCUUGGCUAGGAAGAGAGUUUGGAACAAGAAAUAUCCCAUUUGCAUUGAGCUGGCCAAGCAGGAUGACUUCAUGUCCAAGGCCCAGGGAGAAAGGCCUGAAGCUGGGGAAGAAAAAUCGACAGUUCAGAUUGAGAAGGUAGAUAAAACAGACAAGGGUGAGAAGGCAGAAGGAUCGGCAUCAGCAGAGGAACCCAAAAAACCAUCCUUUGGAGGAGGGGAUCUGACUAUCUACCUUUUCGGGAGGACGGGUCGGGAAAAGGAGGAGUGGUUCCGUAGAUUUCUUCUAGCAUCCCGAAUGAAGUCAGAGGGGAGAGGCGCCAGUUUGCCUGGCAUUUGCAAGAGUGCCUUCUUACCCUCCCACAGUCGCAGUAGCAGCAUUCAGUCUGCUGGAGGCCUGGAAGCUGACAGCAGGAGCAGCAGCCGGGGAAGCCUGGAGGAACUGUCUCAGUCUCAGUCUCGUCACAGAGAGACCUCCGCUGCUCUCGCCUGUGGCUCUACUGCAGGCUUGAAGCAGAAGAUGCUGUUGGACUAUAAUGUCUACAUGGCCAAAUACGUGAGUCUCCAAGCGCCACCAAGAAGCCCAGCUGCCACUGACAGUCCUGGGAACAGCCCCGAGAGCAGCCCCCAAACUACCAAAAAGCUGCGCAGGAGUUCAGAAGAGACUCCGGAGCCUGAGGCCUGGGUCAAUGCUUUUCUUGGAAGGAUAUUCUGGGACUUCCUGGGAGAGAAGUAUUGGGCGAAUGUAGUAUCCAAAAAGAUCCAAAUGAAACUCAGUAAGAUCAGGCUGCCGUAUGUUAUGAAUGAGCUGACUCUGACAGAGCUAGACAUGGGCUUUUCCAUUCCUAAGAUCCUCCGUGCCUCCAAACCUUCAGUGGAUCACCAAGGUUUGUGGUUUGAUCUGGAGGUCUCCUACACGGGUUCUUUCCUCAUGACAUUGGAGACCAAGAUGAAUUUGGCCCGUCUGGGAAAAGAGGGCGAAGGCCUUGGAGAGCACGGGAAAGAAUGGUCCAGGCCACGGACAUACUGUCUGGCAGACAGUGAUGAGGAAUCAUCUAGUGCUGGUUCAUCGGACGAGGAGGAUCCUCCAGAACUCCUUAGUGACAAACCUGUUCUGCCUGGAGCAGAGGGCUAUGUGGGAGGCCACAGACCCAGCAAGAUCAUGCGCUUUGUGGACAAGAUAGCCAAGUCAAAGUACUUCCAGAAAGCCACAGAGACGGAGUUCAUUAAGAAGAAGAUGGAGGAAGUAUCAAACACGCCCUUGCUGCUCACCGUGGAGGUGCAAGAGUGCCGCGGGACUCUGGCUGUCAACAUCCCACCUCCCCCAACAGACAGGAUAUGGUAUGGUUUCCGGAGUCCGCCUCACCUGGAGCUCAAAGCACGGCCUAAACUCGGUGAAAGAGAGGUGACUUUGGUGCAUGUAACAGAGUGGAUUGAGAAGAAACUGGAUCAGGAGUUCCAGAAAAUAUUUGUGAUGCCAAACAUGGAUGAUGUGUGGCUACCCAUAAUGCACUCUGCCAUGGAUAUGCGCUCAAAUGCCAACUUGUUUACUGUGACAAAUGAUGCCUUGAAGGAUCCAGAACCUGAAUCUGAUGUCUCCGACAUGUGAAGGCACGCCGGGUUGAGGUGGACAGUUUUUAAUCGCAGCAAUGGGCUCGGCUGCCCCUCCAAUAUUUUUACCCCUACUCCUGCCCUGCUGUCGCACCAGUCCAUACCCUCUCAUGAAGUGUGCGCUCUAAACGAUCAGAAAUCUACUCAUUUCUGGCUACUAAAAGCAACAGAGCAGAGAGGAUAGUGACUCACGGAUUGCCGACCAUUCACACAGUUUUAGUGUGACAUCAAAUAUUAUGAUUCACUCUGAUGAAAUACGAUUUUUUUUUUUUUUUUUUUUGGGAACUGUUGAAACUGUUCAACAAGUGUGCACCACGGUGGAUUGACAAAUAGCCAUCUGAUCCAACCGGAGGAACCAUAAUACCUGUGAUGUACAGCUGCACCAAACAUGAUAGUUGUACAGUGGAAACCUUUUAUGUGACAUUUCUAAUUGACUGGUUUAUUGUUGCUAUAACUCUCUGAGAACUCUUGAGGUCACUAAUGAAGAGCGUGUAUAUGUGAGCGAUCAAACAGCUGACAGAAUAUUCCUUUAAAUUUGGAGAUGAUUUUGCUGAGAACCCCCCCCCCAACAGCACCUGUUAUUACACAUUUCACAGCGGAUAUCAAGACACAUUUAUCAUCCAUUCACAGUGCUGCCUGUGCCAGCUGCCUGGCACUUAUAUGCAAACCAAUCAACGGCACUGUGUCCAUAAAAGACACUGGGUCUGUUUUAGAGUUAAGGACUGUCGUAUCUUACGGCCUUGUGUGCGUUUAACUGUGUCAUAGGAAUUACAGCUAAAACUGGCUUUAGAGGGGUCGUGUGAAUUGAAAUACAUCUGCAAACAGCGAACCAUUGCCUAGGUCUGUUGAAUGUAAACAUAGGAAUGCAGCUCCAUAGCUGGAAUAGCUCAUUCACUGAAAACGUGCUUCUAAGCGACACGUUUCAAGCGCUCUUUUCGUGUUCUAUUCAGAGUUGACAAAAAGUAAUAAUUUUCUAUUUUUUAUUGCCAAAGCAAUCUUUCAGUCUGAUUUAAAAGAGAGAAAAAUAAGGGGAGUGUGUGUGUGUGUGUGUGUGUGUGUGUGAGGUAAACAGGAAGUCAGAAGACAGAGAAAUAUUCUGCAGGGAGUGAUUUUAAUGAGCAGGAGGCUGAAAUCGUUUUAGUCAAAUGGAAACGAAUAAACUCAGAAAUGUGUAGUUAAAAGAGCGGGGACAUCCACUCUUGCUGUUUUAUUUGAAUCAAUAACAUACUGGAUAUUAGCCAUAUUAUUUAAUGCUCUCAGCAGACAUCCAGCUAAUGAAUGCUCCAUUUCUGUUGAAUUCUUUUUUUUUUUUUCUGUCUACUGUUGCACACAUUAAAGAGGAACAAUACAACGUACACUAGAACUGCAGGAUCUUUGUAAUCUGCCAAGACACCCGUCUGCUUUACGGGUGACUUUUACUUUAUAUGUUUUAUGUUCAGACGUGUGUGUGUGUGUGUGUUGACAAGUGUAUGAGGCAGAAAGUGCCUUUAAAGUAAUUAAACAUUCCUCCAUAGUGAGCCACCAUGUUUCUUGCAUCAGUUGAGGAUAGAAAAAAAGAAAUGUCUUUGUGCCAUUGCUGUGUCUGUUAAGACAUGCCCUUUUUGUUUUCACAUUUCGGUGUUGUUUAUUUGCACAGUGAAGAAAAUAUCAAACAUUGCUGUUGUGGUCAGUGAUGUCGCAGAAUGUUACGGUU